AUGAAGUUCCUAGGUAGUUCAGAAAAAGCCAUCGACGACUCUUCCCCAGAGCGUGACGAGGCUGCAAUUCAUGGCACACCGUUGGAAGACCACCAGAAAAGCCGCUGGGAGCGCAGUUGGCCUACUAUUGCCUGCGGGGCUGGACUCUUCUCUGAUGGCUAUCUCAACGGGGUCAUUGGCCAAGUGAACACUAUAUUGAAAGCGUUGUAUAAGAAGCAGUACUCGAACUCUCCCGCGCAGAGUAAUGUCAAUUCGAUAGCUUUUGCCGGUACUGUCGUCGGCCAGCUAUUCUUCGGAUGGAUGAGCGAUCACGUCUCGCGCAAGUGGGCUUUGAUGACCUCGACAGUCAUACUCUUUAUAUUUGCGGCUCUGAGUGCAGGGUCCUAUGGUGGUGGCUCUAUCAAUGGCAUGCUUCAGGCUCUCACAGCUUGGCGAUUCCUCCUUGGUAUCGGUAUCGGCGGUGAAUACCCCGCCGGCAGUGUAGCCUGCGCGGAGAGCACUGGGGAACUGAAAGAGGGGCAUAGGAACAGAUGGUUCAUCAUGUUCACCAAUGUCCAGAUCGAUAUCGGAUUCGUGGCUUCCUCGUUCGUACCUAUGAUUGUGGUACUGGCUUGCACGGACAAUCAUCUACGCGCAGCAUGGAGAAUAUGCCUCGGACUCGGCGUCAUUCCCCCACUCAGUCUCAUCUAUUUACGGUUGAAACUUCAAGAGCCGGAGGAGUUCAAUCGCGAAACCAUGAAGAACACACACACACCAUGGUGGUUGGUGAUUAAGUUUUACUGGGCCCGCCUUCUAGUGGUAUCCAUGAUCUGGUUCAUCUACGACUUCUUGACCUACUCGUUCUCCAUCUACUCAUCAGCCUGGCUACUAGUCAUCCUCGGAGACUCGGCACCUAUCUGGAAAUCAUUCGGCUGGGAUACAGUUAUCAACCUCUUCUAUUUGCCCGGCGCAAUCGGCGGUGCUUUCCUAAGUGACAUUCUCGGCCCUAGGCUUGCACUGGGCUCAUUUGUCUUGGCUCAGGGUAUCGUAGGCUUUAUCAUGUCAGGCUGCUAUCCCUACCUUGACAAAUCUAGCACAGUAGGUGGCUUCGUCGUCGUCUACGGCAUCUUCCUUUCCCUCGGUGAAGCAGGACCCGGUGACAACAUUGGCCUGGUUGCAUCCAAGACCAGUGCCACAGCAAUCCGUGGCCAGUACUAUGCUAUCGCCGCUGCAAUGGGGAAGAUCGGCGCUUUCGUUGGAACCUACGUCUUCCCAGUCAUUCAGAACAACGCUCCAGGUGGCGCGGAUAGCAACCGAGGUGGCCAAGAUCCCUUCUUUGUGAGCAGCGCUCUUUGCAUAUUCAGCGCUGGUUUGGCAUUCUUUCUUCUGCCGCAUAUCGGGCAGGAUACGAUCACGAGUGAGGAUCUGAAGUUCAGGGCUUAUCUCGAGGAUAAUGGAUGGGAUACUAGGCAGAUGGGCACGAAGGAGUAUCAGAUGAAUAGCAGCUCAACUGUGGAUGAGAUUGGUCAAUCGGCAGGAGAGAAGGUUUAA